UGUAAAAAUUGAAAUUCCUUCUAAAAGAAAAUGAAAUUCAAAGGUAAGAAGAGUCGAAUUAGGCAAAUCGUGUGAAUUUGUAGAAAUUGAAAGGGCAAUAUUGGAAGUAAAAAUUUGGAAUGCCCCAAGCUCGUAUAACUACCUCAAAACUUCCUCCCUCUCGGGUUGUACAGAUUCCAUAGCACCAAUUAUUUACCAAACAAUAACUGAAAAAUGUUGGCAAUUUUUUAUAAAACGAUCGCCAAGUGCCCGGAGGCGCUACAGAGCCCGCAUUCUGGCUCUAAGUCCGCUUUAAAAGAUGGGUUCUUGGCCAAGCAUUUUGCAUCGGUCCACCCCGCUUCUGUCACUGUCAAUCUAGGCUCUGCUGGUGUUAUAGCUUACUCCCUUGACAAGCAAAACCCUCUCCUUCCUAGAUUAUUUGCAGUUGUAGAUGACAUUUUCUGCUUGUUCCAAGGGCACAUUGAGAAUGUUGCAGUUCUCAAGCAGCAAUAUGGCUUAAGUAAAACUGCCAAUGAGGCGAUCAUUGUUAUUGAAGCUUAUAGAACCCUCCGAGAUCGAGGACCUUAUCCUGCUGAUCAGGUUGUCAGAGAUAUCCAAGGGAAAUUUGCUUUUAUGCUCUAUGAUAAGACUUCAAAUUCCACGUUUAUAGCUGCUGAUGCUGAUGGAAGUGUACCUUUCUUCUGGGGAGCUGAUUCUGAAGAUAAUCUUGUCCUUUCAGAUGAUGUUCAGAUUUUGCAGCAGGCCUGUGGGAAAUCAUUUGCACCAUUCCCCAAAGGAUGCUUCCAUACAACUUCUGGAGGCUUGAGGAGCUUUGAGCACCCUUUGAAUGAGUUGAAGCCAAUUCCAAGAGUGGACAGUUCAGGUCAGAUAUGUGGUGCAAAUUUCAAGGUCGAUGCAGAGAUUAAGAAGGAAGGUGGUGGCAUGCCAAGAGUUGGGAGUGCUUAUGACUGGUCCUCAAGCUACUAAAGAGCUUCAAAGUUUUUCUCACCAGGGCUCUGGUUAUUACUAGGCUGUCUGUUAGUUUUGCAAUAUCUUUUCCUGAGCUGAUUGGGAUCUUUGAUGAUUUUGCCGCAAAAAUAUACCAACCAUAUAUUGUUGUUACUUGUUAGCAUUUCCCAAAAACAAGACAUCAGUUUGCAGUGCUGUAAAUGUUAGCUUACUAUGCAGCUGAGCCCGAACUUUUUUGGGGCAUAACAUAAAAUAAGAUUUACCUCGCAUAUAUUCUCUCA